AGGAUACAAGCCGUGGCUACAAGCCGUGGCUACAAGCCGUGGCUACAAGCUGUGGCUACAAGCCGUGGCUACAAGCUGUGGCUACAAGCCGUGGCUACAAGCUGUGGCUACAAGCCGUGGCUACAAGCUGUGGCUACAAGCCGUGGCUACAAGCUGUGGCUACAAGCUGUGGCUACAAGCCGUGGCUACAAGCCGUGGCUACAAGCUGUGGCUACAAGCCGUGGAUACAAGCCGUGGCUACAAGCCGUGGCUACAAGCCGUGGCUACAAGCUGUGGCUACAAGCUGUGGCUACAAGCCGUGGCUACAAGCUGUGGCUACAAGCUGUGGAUACAAGCCGUGACUACAAGCCGUGGCUACAAGCCGUGGCUACAAGCCGUGGCUACAAGCUGUGGCUACAAGCUGUGGCUACAAGCUGUGGCUACAAGCCGUGGCUACAAGCCGUGGCUACAAGCCGUGGCUACAAGCUGUGGCUACAAGCUGUGGCUACAAGCUGUGGCUACAAGCUGUGGCUACAAGCCGUGGCUACAAGCUGUGGCUACAAGCUGUGGCUACAAGCCGUGGCUACAAGCUGUGGCUACAAGCUGUGGCUACAAGCCGUGGCUACAAGCUGUGGCUACAAGCCGUGGCUACAAGCCGUGACUACAAGCCGUGGCUACAAGCCGUGGCUACAAGCUGUGGCUACAAGCUGUGGCUACAAGCCGUGGCUACAAGCCGUGGCUACAAGCCGUGGCUACAAGCUGUGGCUACAAGCCGUGGCUACAAGCUGUGGCUACAAGCUGUGGCUACAAGCCGUGGCUACAAGCCGUGGCUACAAGCCGUGGCUACAAGCCGUGGCUACAAGCUGUGGCUACAAGCCGUGGCUACAAGCCGUGGCUACAAGCCGUGGCUACAAGCCGUGGCUACAAGCCGUAGCUACAAGCCGUGGCUACAAGCCGUGGCUACAAGCUGUGGCUACAAACCGGGGCAACAAGCUAUGGCUACAAACCGGGGCUACAAGCUGUGGUUAUAAACCAAGGCUACAAGCCAUGGCUACAAGCCGUGGCUACAAGCCGUGGCUACAAGCUGUGGCUACAAGCCGUGGCUACAAGCCGUAG